AUGCCCAUUAACACUCAGCCCACAGGCGUUACAUGCUCGCUUCCGCGCCUUCCCUACGUGCUCGCUUCCGCGCCUUCCCCACGUGCUCGCUUCCCCGCCUUCCCUACGUGCUCGCUUCCGCGCCUUCCCUACGUGCUCGCUUCCCCGCCUUCCCUACGUGCUCGCUUCCCCGCCUUCCCUACGUGCUCGCUUCCCCGCCUUCCCUACGUGCUCGCUUCUGCGCCUUCCUGCGCUCUGCCAUCCGCUCCUUCCCUGCUCGCUGCCUUACGCUCUCUCCCCUCCCUGCCCUUCCACUGUCUACCACUCGCUGCCCUUCCUCUCUCUCCCCCUCGUUGCCCUGCCUCUCUCUCCCCCUCGUUGCCCUCCCGCUCUCUCCCCCUCGUUACCCUGCCUCUCUCUCCCCCUCGUUGCCCUCCCGCUCUCUCCCCCUCGUUGCCAUUCCUCUCUCUCCCCCUCGUUGACCUUCCUCUCUCUCCCCCUCGUUGCCAUUCCUCUCUCUCCCCCUCGUUGCCCUUCCGCUCUCUCAUGCUACGCUGCCCUUCUGCUCCUUCCCUGCUCCCUGCCCACGCUCCCUCCUCCCCCCCUGUUUUAGGCCUCCACCUCCCUGCUCUACCAUCUCUCCUCCCUCCCUGCUUUUUGCUCUCUCCUCCCUCCCUGCUUUACGCUCUCUCUCCCCUCUCUGCCCUUCCGGGUUCUCCCUGCGCUCUGCCUUCCGCUCUCUCCCUGCUUCCUGCUCUUCCGCUUUCACCCCCCUCGCUGCCCUUCAGCUCUCUUCCUACUCGCUGCUUUCCGCCCUCUUCCCCCCCGUUUUCCUUCCGCUCCAUCCCCACUUGCUUCCCUUCCGCUCUCUCCCACCCCGCUGCUUUUCCUCUCUCCCCCAUCGCUUCCCUUCCGCUCUCUCCCUGCAUUCUUCCUCCACUAUCGACAUACUCCCUGCCUUAA